UGUUUGGGCAAAUCAAAUAAGAAAUUUUUAACUGGAAAUUACAAACUUUAGAAGCCUUUUUGUACCUUGAAUACACUACAAGUUUCCAUUUCCUGCUGUGCAGGACAAUUCUCUGCAACAAAAGUGAUCCAUUUAAGAUCUUACAUCUGUAGCUACUUCUGUUAAGUAAUUUAGUAGUAGGUUAACAGGUGCGUUCAUUCCGGAGCAAGAGGCCUGCAUGCGUUCAGUCUGAAUAAUGCCUCUUCUCCCUUCUCAAGAACCAACCUGUUUUACCACUUUGAAAUAGGCCCAACUACACCCUGAUGACAUGGAGCUGUCAGCUGAUCUUCACACAAUGUUUAGUUCUGUUGGUUCAUGUCUUCACGCAGUAGGCUAGGCACACUCACACUCAUUGCUACAGUGCUAUAGGCUAUGUUGUUGCUCUCCAUCUUCUAGACUUCGGCUCCUUCUUGUGUAAGGGAACGUUUUCAGAUGACGGAAGGAAGGAUGAAGGCAGACCAGGAUGCUCCUCCCCCCUCCCCCGGAUUGGAGGGUUUAGCGAUCCGGUGUCGGGAAGUGUGUCGGUCGUACGGGAAACUCAAAGUCCUGAGUAACCUCAACUUGACCGUGUCACAGGGACACAUCUACGGCCUGCUGGGUCCGAGUGGAUGUGGGAAGACCACGCUGUUGAAAUGCAUUCUGGGAACACUGAAGAUCUCCCGAGGGCACAUCAGCGUGUUGGGGAAGCCGCCCGCAUUUCCUGGACACCAGGUCCCUGGGAGGAUGGUGGGGUACAUGCCACAGGACCUGGCGUUGUACAAUGAGUUUUCUAUCAGUGACACUCUGACGUUCUUUGGACGGAUCCACGGCCUGUCAGCUACGGACACCCAGGCACGCAUGGACUUCCUGGUGGACUUCCUGGACCUACCUCACAACAGCAGCCUGGUUGGAAAACUCAGCGGAGGGCAGAAACGGAGGGUGUCUCUAGGAGCAGCCUUACUUCAGAACCCCCAGUUAUUGAUUCUGGAUGAACCCACAGUCGGGGUGGACCCUGUGCUGAGAGCCAAGAUCUGGCAGCAUCUAGUAGAGAUUGUGAAAACUGGAAAAGUAUCAGUCGUCAUCACCACUCACUACAUCGAGGAGGCCAGGCAAGCCAAUGUGGUGGGUCUGAUGAGGAAUGGCCGAAUGUUGGCAGAGGGGGAACCAGAAACCUUGAUGAAACAGAACACUGCUGUGACCCUGGAGAAAGCCUUCCUGCAGCUCUGUGAGACCUCAGACCAGGUGGGCUCCAAACACAGCACCUACCCUCUGGGCGGGGUACUAGAGAGCGGCCAAUCACUCGAGAGCGGCCGGGAAGAGAGUCAACCAAUCCUGGGAGUCGGGCCGGGACCAGUUGAAGAGCUUCCCAAAUACUCAGCGGACUGGAAGGUACGAGUCAGGCAUGUGAUGCCAAAGUGGAGGAACAUCGCAGCUCUGAUUAUCAAGACCACGGUGAGGAUGAAGAGAAUGCCCGGGUCCCUGUUUUUUCAGUUCCUGCUGCCAGUCAUGCAGAUCUCUCUGAUGUGUCUGUGUAUCGGAGGAGACCCCAAAGGAAUACAGGUGGCUGUGGUCAACAAUGAGACCUCCUCCAGCUCCUUCAGCCAAUCCCUGCUCUCCUUCCUGGACAACUCCAGCGUGCAACAGGUGAACCUGUCCCACGCCGAGGCUUUUGCAGGGGCCUAUAACGGAGAGUACUGGGGCGUCAUCGGGUUUGGAAAGAAUUUUACCAGCUACCUGACCAAGAGGAUGGUCCAGCGCCAGGUCUCUAAGGAGGUAGUGGAUGGAGGGUCGGUACACGUCUGGUUGGACCUGACCAAUCGACAAAUCGCCUUAAUGCUUCAGAAAAAAAUUAAAGAUGCCUUUGAGGGUUUUGUCCAGUAUAAGAUGAGCAGCAGGUCUUACCUGCUCUCGCUUCCUGUCAAGUUUGAGGAGCCCAUCUAUGGCAGCAUGGACUCAGACUUCACCACGUUUGUGACACCAGGAGCCGUUCUGAGCAUCACAUUCUACCUGGCAGUGGGCUUGACGGCUCUGUCCUUCGUGAUAGAGAGGAAGGAGGGGCUAAUGGAAAGGUGCUGGGUCUCAGGUGUGAGUUCAAUGGAGACCGUGCUGGCGUAUCUCAUCUCCCAGCUGAUUAUCAUCAGUGUCCAGAUCAUUCUACUACUGAUCUUAAUGCUGCUUGUCUUUAAGAUCCCUAAUGAGGGGAGCCUGGUGUUGGUUAUAGCUCUGAUCGUGCUGCAGGGCAUAACAGGCACUUCCUUUGGUCUGGUCAUCUCAUCCGCCAUCGAUGACGAACAGAACGCCACCCAAGCUGCCCUUGGUAUAUUCUACCCCAACCUCAUCGUCAGUGGUAUAAUCUGGCCUGUGGAGUGCAUCCCCUAUCCACUACGUUACAUCAGUCUGGCCCUGCCCCAGACCUAUGCUUCUGAAGCCCUGCGAUGCAUAAUGUACAGAGGCUGGGGUCUCUCCAGGAUGAUAGUGUGGCGAGGCUUUGUUGUCACCCUGGGCUGGAACACUUUCUUCGUCAUCCUGGCCAUCGUCAUCCUCAAGCUGAGGAUGUGAGAUGCCUACUCAGGGAAGAUGUGUGCCUAUGUAGUGUAUGUGAGUGUGUGAGGGUUUUGUGUGGGAGUGUCAAUGUGGUGUGUGUAAGUGAGUGUCUAUAUGGUGUGUGUAUAUAUAGUCUAGUGAGUGUGUAUAUGGUGUGUGUAUAUAUCGUCUAGUGAGUGUGUGUAGGGUCAGUGCAGAUAGGGUAACUUUCCCCUUCAGUCACGUUAGUUUGGCUACUCAACCUAUCUAUUUGUCAUUCACAAACCAAUCAGAAUGCCUGAAAUGUGUGUCUGGACACUGCACCCGCCCACUCAGGUGUUAUGAAGUGUAAUCGCCGUCAGAAGAGUGACCAUCGUCUGAGGACUGUUAUUAUGGACAAUAACAUGAAUGGGUAUAAUACGUUUACAGCAGGAUUCUACUGUACUGCCCUUAUAACUCUGUAAUGUUAGUGUGUAUUCCCGAUACUGCUUUGCAUAUUGUUGAUAGUUAAUUGCCAUUAUUGCUUUGGUUGCACAGGUGUUUUAUGUAGGAGAUUUGUUGUACUGGUUACACAAGGGUCGAAUUGUUAAAAGUUAAGAAGGGGCGUGCUUUUUUGUAAAAGCAGCUGUUAAUUGGUCAGUUCUGAGGACUCCUAGGAGGCUUAGGCCUAUGUCCAGGGGGAAUUCAAACACAAUUCAAUCACAAUUCAGGUGUAUUCAGGAUGCUUUGAAUUUUGAAUGAAACCUCAAAACUAAAAGGACAAAACAAGCUACUUGAGGGGCAUUUCAAUGUUUCCUUUUGACUUCAACACUGUCCAGGACAUCAAAAAUUCAAUUGCCUACAAAAAUGUAUAGCCUCAUUAGACUUAUUUUCAAAGGCACAACUAGGUUGCCUGACAACUCAAACUGAAUUCUUCCGCCGCUCUAUGUUCGCUACAUACUUCAUUGUGGAGAAGGAACUAACGUCCGUGGGCAUGGCGUAGCUUUUGGCCAGAGCAAGGAUUUGGGGUAGUCAGGCGAACUAGGCGUAUGUGUUGUUUCAGUCCCAUAUGUCAUGUCUUUCUAGAAUGCCCUUUUAAGAAAAAUUCAUUGGGAAAAUGUUUGGUCUCUUUCUCAGGAGUUUCUUUUAACUAAUAAGAUUAAAGAAGUUUAAUAUAAAUGAAUCCACAAGUGCUACCCUACUAAACAUUUUCUUGAAGUUUAAAAAAUACUUUGAUGUUUCUUGUACCUUCUGUAAUGAUCAACAGGAGACUGCUUCACAUUUAGUUUGGUAUUGCUCUUAUACCAGGAAGCUGUGGCAAGAUAUCUGGAGAUUGUUUUUGAUCAUAAACAUUUCCCCUUCUACUUGAAAAUGUGAUAUUUGGUUUUAAAAGUAUAGCAAAGUCUUUCUUCUUAAAUCAACCUCAUUGUUAAUUUAGCUCAAUUCCAUAUUCAUAAAUGUAAAUGACUGAGUCAAAAACCUCUUUACUAUUUUUGAGAAUGAAAUUGAACAAUAUAUAAACAACAUUUCUUCUUCUGAUAACAAGAAAGCAACCAAAAGGUUGAAUGUAGUAACAAGGUGUUGACAUAAUGUAUGGUCUGUAUUACCCUGACUGUUGUUUGCCAUGUGUGGAUUCUCUGUUGUGUACUCUGUUUUUCUAUAUGGGUAUUUUUUUAACAAUAAAAUAAAAAAGACA